UGUUAUCCCCAUCAUGGCUAUGCACCACUUGCUCACGAACUCAUGGACUCACCUAGUUUCCACUCUCAGUACGCGCUUUCACUUCACCACUCCCACUCAUUCUUACCGUGUAUACUGCUCUAACUCUUCUGGCAUUAAUAGUAACAACUCUGAGCAUGAAGCGUUAUGGAGUUCAAAGGAGGGUCUAGUUCUGUGCUCGGCAAAUCACGUCCCUUUAUCUCCAAUAGGAUUCUUGGAGCGAGCUGCAAAGGCCUACAGCGACAGGACCUCUGUAAUCUAUGGCUCUCUUAAAUACACUUGGGCUCAAACCCAUCAACGCUGCCUUAAAUUAGCUUCUGCUCUCACCCAGCUGGGAAUUUCUCGAGGUGAUGUGAUUGCAACUUUGGCACCAAAUGUCCCGGCUAUGCAUGAGCUUCAUUUUGCAGCUCCAAUGGCUGGGGCAAUUCUUUGUACCCUAAAUGCACGCCUUGAUUCAGCUAUGAUAUCUGUUCUUCUUAGUCAUUCUGAAGCUAAAAUCGUCUUUGUUGAUCACCAAUUACUUGGAAUUGUUGAUGGAGCACUUGAAUUACUUGCCGAAAAAGCUGUUUCAAAACCACCAAUUGUAGUUGUAAUUGCUGAUUCUGAUGAGUUAUCUACCAGCUUUAGUUCAGAAACAAAACCAACUUAUGAGUAUGAAAGUCUUUUAGAGAGUGGAAAUGGUGGAUUUGAGAUUAGGCGACCAAAGAGUGAAUGGGAUCCCAUCAGUGUGAAUUACACCUCUGGCACAACAUCAAGGCCGAAAGGGGUUGUUUAUAGUCAUCGCGGUGCUUAUUUAAAUUCAUUGGCCACAGUUUUGUUUCAUGGAAUAGGCUCAGUGCCUGUUUAUCUGUGGACUGUGCCUAUGUUCCAUUGCAAUGGAUGGUGCCUCAUUUGGGGUUUGGCAGCGCAGGGUGGUACUAAUAUUUGCCUCAGGAAAGUCACUCCAAAAGGCAUAUUCGACAAUAUUUCUCUACAUAACGUGACACACAUGGGAGGGGCACCAACUGUGCUGAACAUGAUUGUUAAUUCGCCGGUGAAUGAUCAAAUGCCACUUCCUCACAAGGUGGAAGUAAUGACGGGCGGCUCACCUCCCCCGCCGCAGAUCCUUUUCAAGAUGGAAGAGAUGGGUUUUGGGGUAACCCACAUAUAUGGUCUCACAGAAACUUAUGGUCCAGGGACAUAUUGCUCAUGGAAACCUGAGUGGGACUCUCUGCCUUCAGAUAAGAGAUCGAAGCUUAAAGCUCGACAAGGGGUGCAACAUGUUGGUUUGGAAGAGGUUGACAUAAAAGAUCCCGUCACUAUGGAAAGUGUACCACCUGAUGGCAAGACAAUGGGUGAAAUUAUGUUCAGGGGAAACACUGUGAUGAGUGGUUAUCUUAAAGACUUGAAAGCAACAAAGAAAGCUUUUAAGGGUGGAUGGUUUAGAAGUGGGGAUUUAGCUGUGAAACAUUCUGAUAACUAUAUCGAAGUCAAGGAUCGAUUGAAGGAUGUGAUUAUAUCUGGUGGAGAGAACAUAAGCACAGUUGAGGUUGAAACAGUUUUGUUUAGCCAUCCAGCAGUUUUUGAGGCUGCAGUUGUUGCAAGGCCUGAUAAUCAUUGGGGACAAACUCCUUGUGCAUUUGUGAAAUUGAAGGACGGCUUAGAUGUGAAUGCGCAAGAAAUAAUUGAGUUCUGCCGCGAUCAUAUGCCUCAUUACAUGGCACCCCGGACAGUCAUUUUCGAUGAUAUACCAAAGACUUCAACAGGAAAGAUACAAAAGUUCAUUCUCAGAGAAAAAGCAAAAGUCUUGGGCAGUCUCUCUUGAGAGAGCUGUUAAAGGAUAUUCUAUUAUGUGUGCCUUACUAAACUAAGAUUACUUUUUAUUGUUGUAAUAAGGGAAGAUUGUUCUAGAUUUCUA